AUGGCCGGAGUUCAGUCGAUUCGAAGAGAAGCCAAACAUUUUGCAAGUGCGUUUUCGAAUUUUCAGAUUUUCACAAAUUUUCAGCCAAAAAAAAUCUGGAAAAUUUUCCAGACAUGACAACAAUGCACGGACCGCGGAGAUUGCACAAAUCCUCCAAAUUGUUCUCGAAAAUCUUCUGGAUUUUUGUGAUUCUGAUUUGUGCCGCAUUUUUGCUGUAUCAAAAUUUACAGCUAUUAUUGAUGUAUAUUUCAAGGCCCACUUUAUCGCAGGUGAGCGAAUUUUCCUCGUUUCAUAUAUCAAACAUUUGAAGGCAGAGAAAAAGAGGAGCGCGUGGCCGACUGGUUAG